AUGCUCUUCUUAUUCUCAUUUUUUCUAUUCCCUUUGGAAAUUUUCGGUUUUCUUACGCAAAACACCGUGAAUGGACGUUUGGCCGAGUUUCGUCAAGUUUCCGACAUUUUUCUCACCGGACGCUCGAAUCUCACCUAUCAGCAACAGCUUGACCUCGACCUCUACGAGAAGGACAACAAAAUCGUGAGAGUGCCUUUUGAGGGAUGGCCAUUGGGUCACGGGAUGGUCUUUUACGUCGAAGCGCUCAACUACUACAGUUUCUGGGAUUUGCUCGACGUUUUCUUCGAGUUACGUGUGAGCUCGGUUUCGCGUAAGAUCCCGCAUCAUUGUCCAAAUGCCUCAAUUCUCUACGUUCAAUCGGAAUUCAAUGAAAUUCUCUGCCGUGUUCCCUACUCGAUGAACAACAACGGAGAAAUGGAGUUCGCGUGUCGAGUUGAAAAUCCGAAACGAUACAUCAUUGCUAAAAAGUCAGCAGUCUCGGCUACGGUUCGAAUCCCUUGCGACUACAUGAACAACUUCGUCAUUACGGAGGGCUUGUUGACGGCUCGAUAUCGGCAAAAGGGAUUACCCUGCAAUGAGGAAUGUCGCCUAGCUCCUGUCUACGCGUACACGCCUGAGUUCGGCACUCCAAAAAACAUCGACAUCAAGGCCUGCACUCUUGCUGCUGGGACAACAAACGUUCGUCGUCGAGUCGGUUGCUACGAUUCUGAGCGAACAGGAUUGGAUGUGCGUGCGAAGAUUGACGAAAUGUUGGAUCGGGUUCGU